AUGGUGAUAGGUCUUCCGAAACUCAUUGAUGGUCGAGUUUUGUGUGAUAUCUGCAUGAAGGGGAAACAAAACCGUGAGAGCAUACCGAAGCAGAGUGUAUGGAGGUCAAACAAGACACCAGAAUUCGUACACAGCUACAUCUGCGGUCCUAUAUCGCCAAUCUCAUCAAGUGGGAAGAGUGAGAAAUCAGAGGCUUUUAAGAUGUUUAAGGAGUUCAAAGCUGCUGCAGAAAGAGAGAUAGGCGAGCCCUUGAUUUGCCUGAGAACUGACAGAGGUGGAGAGUUCACUUCAAAGGCAUUUCAAGAGUUCUGCGUGGAGAAUGCUUUUGCGUUGGUACCAUAUGAGAAACGCAUAGAGCUUGAUGAGAAGAGUAUUAUGUGUGUGAUGCUUGGCGUCAGCAAAGAGUCAAAAGCCUACAGACUCUAUGGUCCAGUUUCGAAAAAGAUCAUCACCAGCAAAGACGUAAAGUUUGAUGAGAAGAGAUCGUGGGAUUGGGAUAAAAAGGAGAAUGAAGAUAGGAGGAAGAAGAACGAGAAGAGACUCUUUGUUCUUGGAGAAGAAUAUUAUGAGCCAGAAGAAGGAGAAGAGAGCAAUGGUGAGGAAGAACAAACCGCUGUCACAGCCUCACCACAAUCAGAAGAAGCCACUGCAGUCACCGGCUCACAAACUGAAAACGCAAAGGAGAUAGAAGCAAAAUCUGCAGAGCAAGAGGGAGCUAAAGUGAUUGGAGUCAAAUGGGUUUACAAAACCAAACUCAAUGAAAGAGGAGAAGUCGACAAAUACAAAGCGAGAUUGGUGGCCAAAGGAUUUCAUCAAACGCAUGGGAUUGAUUUUCAUGAAGUGUUCGCACUAGUGGCUAGGUGGGACACAAUAAGGUUAAUACUCGCUUUGGCAGCUCAAAAGGGAUGGAAUGUUUAUCAGCUGGUGGUUAAGAGCGCUUUCCUCCAUGGAAAGCUCAACGAGGAUGUCUAUGUGGAGCAGCCAAAAGGUUUUGAGCUGAGAGGAGAAGAUAGUCAGAAGGUUUACAAGCUGAAGAAGGCAUUGUAUGGCUUGAAACAAGCACCAAGAGCUUGGUACAGCAGGAUCGAAGGUUAUUUCAUGAAGGAGGGGUUCAAGAAAUGCUACUGUUUGUAA